UUUUACAUCAGUUAUAUUAUUUAGUUGAUAUUGAAAUUAUAAUUUUAUUUAAUAAUGUAUGGUAUAUGUAAUUAAACAUUAUUAUUUUUUUGGGAUAAUUUAUUGGGAAGUUAAUUGUGACUUCUAUAUUUACGGGGGUAGUAGCACCGGGACCUCUACUAUAUGACUACCGGUGCAACAACAACAACAACACUGAUGAUAAUGAUGAUCUGUCCGGUAAAAGUACGGACCACUUGGUUCCAGUCGUAUACCGUUCCCAUCGAGUCGUUACGCGUUGAACACAAUUGGCUAAUCUGUCGCCAAAUGAUUGUCUUUGCCGGCAAUAUAUUGAGCAUAUUUUACGGCCUAAUGAUACUGAUUGUAGCCAAAUGGCUGCACACCGAAGCACAGAUGUCCACAUCGUCGCCAUUAUCAUUGUCGUCGUCGUCGUCAUCAUCAUCAUCAUCGACGACAACGUCGACAGCAGGUGAUGAUACUCAUUGGGAUCAGUUGGCCAAAGAUAUUGACAGCUCGGCGAGUGUCGGCUAUUGUAUAAUAAUGUUGUCGACGUUUGCAUGCAUUUCGCUAUUAAUUAAAAGUAACUUUAGUGUAUGUCUCGAUUAUAUUAACGAUUUGGAGGCCAAAACCUCCUGUGGUGCGACCAAUAACAAGGAAAGACAACCUACCGGUGCCGGUACUACUACUACUACUGCUAAUAAUAAACACAAAAAGAUAGUCAGCUCAUCGCGGCAUAUAUUGGUGUCGUCAUCGCCGUCGGCAACAUUUGUCGACACAGUUGUCGACUACACAAAGAAAAAGAUGAAACUAUUGCGCGACUGCCUGAUGGUCAGCCCUAUAAUGACUGUAAACGUCAUACUGAUGAUCAGUCUGAUGCCGGCCGAGUUUUCGAUAGCCAAAAACGGUUACUCMUAUUGUUUUGCCAACUUUGCCAAAAUCUGGUCCUAUCGGCGCCGUAGCGACCAUUUUGUACUGUUAAUGGAUCUCUGUCUGACCGUACUGUUCGUAUCAAUCAUACUCAUACAGGUCUGUAUGAUUGUCUAUGUGGGCGAUCUAAUCAAUUCGGCUAUCGAUAAGAAACAGGCGGCCCGUCGGCUGGAACGUCGGCUUCGUAUGGGUGUCGGCGGCGCCGAUUAUGCCGAUCGGCCGCAAAGUUUGAUAGACGACUGGCAUUCGAGGAAUCGCCGACAAAAUCUGCGGACACAGAGAAACAAGAAUAUACUGUUUCAUAACUUUCUCCGACAACACAAUAAUAGUAACAAUAAUACUACCGGUGCUCUGAAAACACCGUCGUCGCCAACAACUAGUUUUAAGGAACCGAUAGCUAGCUAUGAUAGACAGCGAUCAUUAUCCAGAUCGCCGACCAUAGCCAUAGCCAGAGCAGACAUACACGAGAGCAGCUGCGGCGGCGGCGGCGGCGGCGGCGGCGGUAGUCAACUAAAUAUUAGUACAACUAGUCUGAGCUCAUCCACAACCGGCCAGUCUGGCGGCGCCGGUGGCGGCUAUAAUAAGUGUAAUAUUUAUGUUUAAAAAAAUUUAUGUUUAAUUAAAAAAUAAUU